CAGAUAAUACAUUAGGUUCUGAGUUUUUAUUCGGAUCCGACUUAAAUGAGAAAUUAACCUCUGCAAAGACUCUUGAGAGUAUAUCUAAAGAGUUAAAACUUCCUACCUCAUUUAAAAGCCCUGUUAAAAAACUUACCAAAUUGGGGGGGGCAAAGGGCCAACCAUUACUGCGAUACCAGAAUCAGAAACCACAUUUUCAUUACCCGGCUCGUCAUUCGGGGGAGACAGGGCCGCAGAAGUCUCUACAGGCCCCCAGAAGGUACAACAACAACUAUGCUCCCAAGAAAAGAGACGGAGAGAGGAAGAAGAGGUAUUAAACCAUAGUGAUUCGCAAGAAAACACACCCUUUGUCACAACAGCUUACCCUGGUGGCCGCAGUAUUAUCAGGGAGUCCUACAAAAGAAGAGGAAUACCCAGUGAAGCUAUCGACACAAUGAUCAGCUCACUUAGUGAUUCCACAAUCAUUCAGUAUGAGGUGACCUAUAAAUUAUGGUGGAAUUUCUGCAGAGAUCGAAACAUCUGCCCUUUUAACGUGGAAUCGGAACCAGUUAUUUCUUUUCUACAAAACAUACUGGAUUCUACUAAUAACUUAUUCGGGUCAGUUAACUCUCAUAGAUCAGCCCUCUCCUUAAUUAGUAUGAGUAAUUUAGGAGAUGAUUUAUCUCUUAAACGGUUUUUAAAGGGAGUGUUUAAACUGAGACCUCCCAAACCUAAAUAUAAUUACACUUGGAAUCCUGAAAAGGUCAUAAGGUAUUUUGAUAAAUCCGAUGACAGCAGUUUAACUUUCCUCUCACAUAAACUGGUUGCCCUUCUGACAUUGGUGACGGGUCAUCGAUUACAAACGAUUGCAUUAAUACGAUGCUCUAAUAUCAACAUAACUGAUGAACGUAUUAACAUAUUCAUCCCAGAUUUAAUUAAGACAUCUAAACCGAACAGUUAUCAACCAAACUUAAGAUUACCGUUUUUCAAAGAAAACAAAAAUAUCUGUGUCGCGUCGUGUUUAUUAAGUUACCUGAACCACACGGAAAGUCACAGAAGAAUAACUAACGAUGAUCAUUUAUUUCUAACUUGUUCUAAACCGUUCAAACCAGCAACGAAACAGACGUUAAGCCGAUGGGUCAAGACCACACUUUAUAAAGCCGGUGUGGACACAAAAAUCUUUCAGGCCCAUUCUACAAGACACGCCGCAACAUCAGCAGCACUUAGAGGUGGUGUGUCUCUGGAUGUUAUAAGGCGUACCGCGGGAUGGACUCAGUCAUCUCAAACUUUCGCAAAAUUUUACAACCGGCCCUUGAUGGAAAACAAUAACUUUGCAGAAUGCAUUUUAAGUCAAGGAACAAUCAGUAUUAACUCUCAGUUAUAGACUUUAAUACCUUAAGAUUCAGGUCAAAUUUCACUUACCUGCAAAAUAGUUUUUAUAAGUUUAGUAAAUACUUACCACAGGGAAAAAAUCUGUUACUUAAGUAUGCGUAUAUAGGUUUCUUGUAGAAUACUUUUUUGGUUGUUCAAAAACUAGUUUUCUUUUCUUACUUUUGGUGCUUUAGUAUGCCUUUCUUGCUGUUAUAAAUGUUAUUAUGUAUAAACAAUAUAGAGCGAGUGUUUUACGUCCACAUUCUUUAAACAUCUACAGUGUUCUUAAUUAUGUAAUAUUGAGGACUGGACUUGAAAUAUAAUUUAUCGAUCAAAAGAACUUACCUGAAGUUCGAUCGUAAUUAUAUGAAAGUCCAGUCCGAAAAUAUUACAACCCACCCCUCCUCUCCCGUAUGAACGUAAAACAAAUUGUCUUUAAAAUAAUGAGGAUAAAUCGCGCCGGUAGGUGUGGGUACAUGAAUAACGGGAAUA